AUCAUAAUAGAUGCUUCUUUGAAGAAAAAUGAGCCCAAAGCAGAGGCAUUUUUUAAAAAUGAAGAUGAAAUGGAGAUAACAUAUCCCAAAGACAUUAAAUCAAUGGACAAAAAGAAAAAAAUGAAGGAAGCACUAUUGAGAGACCACCCUGAGACCCUUCUCCUAGACUACAGUGGCCCAGAGAAUAAAAGAGUUUGCUGCAACCUGCUGUUUUUCACUAAAAACACAGAUGCUUGGCACUGCACACUUUUGACUGAAAUGAACUGCAUUAGAAAGGGACGUAUCUGUAAAGGCAGGCAACUGUCCCUUGAAAAUGAACAGGGGGCAAGGCUGACCAUCAACAUAUACCACAAUGGCACAGUUCUGAUCCAAGGACCAGAAGCUGGUCUCAGUGAAUUUCAGGCUAAAUUUGGACUAUUGAAGAGAGAGGUCCAAAAGGUCCUGGAAAAUCCUGAGAGAAAAGACCAAAUCGAUGAAAAGCCAGAUGCCAUCAAAGUGAGAAUUGAUGAAUCCUGCCUCAACACACCCCUAUACCAACCAAAGGCUCCCACUUCUCCCAGAAUAAGAGCACUACAAGACAACUUCUCUCUGCUGGAACAGGACUACUUCAUAUUUAAAGAAGAAACUACCAACAACAUCUGCCAGCUCCAAGAGCAGGUCAUCCAGAUCAGCAACCCCAAUGUGCAGCUUCAACAGCUAUGCACUGCUAUGAGGCAGCUGGAGGAGGCCAACAAGGAGAUGAGGCGAGAGUUGACAAGUGUGAAGCAAGAACUGUCCAAGAGAGAACAACAUACACAGGCUCUGGAGAGUCAACUGGAGGAGAUGAGGACCGAGCUAAGGUCGUACACCUCUAGCAACACCUCAAGCAGAGCACAGAAACAACAUGUGACCUCACAGAUGGACAAUGCCUCUUCGUCUACACCAUCACAGCAUACCCAAAGUCUGAUAGACGAAAAGGAUUGUGGCAGAGAGGAAAGCUUACGAAGACCAAGUUCACUCAUCGCAGGCAACACCAGAUCCAACUACAACAUCAACAGCAUCAACAGUCCCACUUUGAACACUUUCAGCAGCAACAACAACAACAACAACAGACAUGCAGCCAGCAGCCACAGCAACAUUGACACCAGAUGUGGAAUCAGCGGAGAAAAGGAAAAGGACAUCAUUAUCCUCUGUGACUCAAAUGGUAACCACCUAAAUCCAAGGAGGCUGUUUCCUGAAAGAAACCUGCUCGACAGAGAUACCUUCUCCAAAUCCGAUCCAAUAUGUGUCCUCUACACACAAGCCGUUGGAAACAAGGAAUGGAGAGAGUUUGGCAGGACUGAGGUCAUCGACAACACCCUGAACCCCGACUUUGUGCGCAAAUUCAUCUUGGACUACUUCUUCGAGGAGAGACAAAACCUCAGAUUUGAUUUGUAUGAUGUCGACUCCAAAAGCACCAACCUGUCAAAGCAUGAUUUCUUGGGUCAGGCCUCUUGUACUCUGGGUGAGGUGGUCGGUUCGCUGGGUGGCCGCUUGGAGAAACCCCUCGGAGGCAUUCCCAAUAAGAAGUGUGGAACCAUCAUUGUCAAAGCAGAGGAACUGGGAAACUGCAGGGAGUCAGUGUUGAUGCAGUUCUGUGGGAAUAAACUGGACAAGAAGGAUUUCUUUGGCAAAUCAGACCCCUUCCUGGUGUUCUACCGGAGCAAUGAGGAUGGAACGUUCACCAUCUGCCAUAAGACCGAGGUAGUGAAGAACACACUGAACCCCGUGUGGCAAGCCUUCAAGAUCCCCGUUAGAGCACUCUGCAACGGAGACUACGACAGAACAAUCAAGGUUGAAGUGUAUGACUGGGAUCGGGAUGGCAGCGUCUUCGCAGAUUCCAAGGACACUAUACAGCGUUUUAAAAAACGGGGAUCGGCAAACUCAGACAGGUUUCAGGAACCAAUCAGAUCCAACCAUGACUUCAUUGGAGAGUUUAGCACAAGCUACAGAGAGUUGUCCCGUGGCCAAUCACAGUUCAACGUCUAUGAGGUGAUAAAUCCAAAGAAGAAAAGCAAAAAGAAAAAGUACCUAAACUCAGGAACGGUAACACUACUGUCCUUCCUGGUAGACAUUGAGGUGACAUUCCUGGACUACAUCAAGGGCGGGACUCAGAUUAAUUUCACCGUGGCCAUCGAUUUCACCGCCUCCAACGGCAACCCGGCGCAGCCCACCUCGCUGCACUACAUGAACCCGUACCAGCUGAACGCCUAUGGCAUGGCACUGCGGGCCGUGGGCGAGAUCAUACAGGACUACGACAGCGACAAGAUGUUCCCCGCGCUGGGCUUUGGAGCCAAACUGCCCCCGGACGGGAGGGUGUCCCAUGAGUUUGCACUGAAUGGCAACCCCCAGAACCCCUACUGCCAUGGCAUCGAUGGCGUGAUGGAGGCGUACUACCAGAGCCUCAAAUCAGUUCAGCUGUACGGCCCAACCAACUUCUCACCGAUCAUCAACCACGUGGCCAGGUAUGCUGCGUCGGUCAAGGACGGCUCGCAGUACUUCAUCCUCCUCAUCAUCACAGACGGGGUCAUAUCCGACAUGGCCCAGACCAAGGAGUCCAUCGUCAACGCCUCAGGUCUUCCUAUGUCUAUCAUCAUAGUGGGAGUGGGUCCAGCGGAGUUUGAUGCCAUGGUUGAACUGGAUGGAGACGAAGUGCGGAUCUCAUCACGGGGCCGAUACGCUGAGAGAGACAUCGUACAGUUUGUGCCGUUCCGCGACUACAUCGACAGAACCGGGAACCACAUCCUGAGUAUGGCCCGGCUGGCCAAAGACGUCCUAGCUGAGAUCCCGGACCAGUUCCUGUCCUACAUGAGAACCCGCGGGAUCAAGCCGUCGCCCGCCCCCCCUCCCUACACGCCCCCCGGCCAGGCCGUGCAGACGCAGAUCUGACAGGGAGGGGGGCCCCACCCCCCCCCCCCCACGCCCGCUCUUCCACCACCUCUCUCUGUCGCUCUUUAAUCUUCUCUGCAUCACUCAGUGAUAGUAGGAGAGUAGAAUAUGGGGCUCACACAGGCCCCCAGUGCCCAUCUCUCUCUCUCUCUCUCCCUCUCUCUCACUCUAUCUCUCUCACUCUAUCUCUCUCUCUUCCUUUCUCUCUCUCUCUCUCUGUCGUUGCACUAUGGAGGUAGAACCUGACAGAACUGGCUUGCAGUUCCGGGAGUGGAAUGUGUUCGGUGGAACCCAACCCGGGGGGAAGGCCUGUUUACUUCCUCCUGUACAGAGCUCUCAUCUCAGUGGAGUGCUGACCAAUCAGCACACGUGGAACCUUCUCCAACGGCAUUCUGGGGGGGGGGGAAACGUCAACAAUAAGAGCAAAACAACGCAUGGCAGAACUCCUCUCUUUCCAGCAGUGAUGAAGAAAGGAGGGAUGGACAGAAGACUGGUGAAUGGAUGAACAGAGAGAAAUGAAGGUGUGAAUUGAUGGAGAUAGAUGAUGGAAUGAUGUAUGGAUGAGUGCAUGGAUGCAUGCAUUGAUUAAUUCAGAAGAUGAAUGGAGUUGAUUGAUUGAUUGAUUGAUUGAUUGAAUAUUUUGCAUAGAGAGAUGUUGGGCUGAGAUAUGCAUGCCCUGAUGAACAAGCUUUUAGAGAUGUACAGUAGACUGGUGGAUUUUGCCAUUCUGCUCCAGGAAAAAACUAGCAAUCAAGCAACCACAAACAAGCAAGUGAACCGGUGUUUGUGUAGGACAUCUGCAAGGGGAGGGUGCAGUACGUCUGCAGACACAAACUCACUCGACUGUAUAGAACUGGAAAUAGACUUCUGCUCAAACUCACUAACUUAACUAACUACUCUUAUCUCUCUCUCUAUCUCUCUCUCUCUCUCUUCUCUCACUCAAUGUUUACAUGUGAUGAAUUUUUACUGUUGUAUACUUUUAUAAGCAUUCUUGAACUUAACUGCUCUUUAACUACUAACUUUGGAAUAUGGGGAUCCUCCUCCUGGCACGGUGUUUUGUGUUUAACGUUGCCACGGUGAUUUGUGGGGGCUACUAGCUACUAGAACUACGUUGUGAUAUACAGAGGGCAAAGUUCAGAGUUCACCUGAAGGUCAAGGGUCAAACCGAGGGAGGGACAUUGUGUCACAUUUUGUUGCCAGUUCUCUCCCUCAUCCAAUCCCUACCCUCCACCAUUUCAUUUCUCCGUCUCUUUCUCUCCUUCUUUCUCUCUCUCUCUCAAUUCAAAUUCUCUCUCUGUUCCAUUGUCCAACUUUCCCAUUUUUGUUCCAUCGCUGUGUUGAUCGCUAAGUAAAAGAUGAUUUUUGAAAAUCACAAAAAAAAAAAAAAAAAAAGUUUUAAAAAGCAGCUGCUCUCAAACUCGCUUUGAGACUCGGAGCCCAGUGUUCAAAAAUACAGAGACGUGUUCACUUUGUCUUAACCUCAGCCAGUGACAACGCUGUUCUGGGGAUGUGUGUGUGUGUGUGUGUGUGUGUGUGUGUGUGUGUGUGUGAGAGAGAGAGAGUGCAGGGUAUAUCACUUGUUCUCCAUCUCUUCACUGCUCUCUGUGUCUGUUUUCUUUAAAUCAAUUUGUUCUGAGGCUGUGAAACUGUCCCAGUGAAAAGGAUAAAACUGGACAUUCACUGACAUCCUGUGACGUGUGUCCACAGUAACGGAUCACAUUAGACCCAGUUUGCAAAGCCAGUCUUAUAUAGUAUAUACAGUGCACUGGAUACGGUUGACAGUAGUGCUUUCAUAUACAACAUCAUUGCCUAUAGGUUUGCAUUCAUUUGAAUCAUAUAUGCCAUGUUUUGUUUUUAACAAUAAUAGCUUGCAUAUUUUUCUAAUGUUUUUAUGAAUUUCAUAUCAUAAUCUCACACACACACACACACACACACACUGCCGACCACACAUUUACUCACACUUUGACAUUUCCUGUACAGUCAUUCCAAUCUUCCGUUUGCCUGGAUGUUAUACACCCCUUCUGCUGUCACUCACACACCUCAUCAGGUGAUCCACACUUGAUGUCCAGUGUCAGGAUAUUAGAUGUGUGUGACUGCAGUUAUGCAGCUGAAACACACACACACACUAACACACACUGGAGUGUUGGACCCUGAUUUCACACACAGAAUCUUAACGUUGUACAUAGUUUUACUUUGAAAUAAACACAGUAACACAUCACAUUAGAACACAUUUCAAACCCCAGUCUUAUAUUAUAUAGUAGUCAUAACCACUUCACUGUGGUGCUUUCAUAUACAAUAUUAUUGCAUAUAGGUUUGUGUUCAUUUGAAUCACAUAUGACAUGUUUUGUUUUUAACAAUACUAGCUUGCAUAUUUUUUUAUGUUUUUUUAUGAAUUUCAUAUCAUAAUCAGAUUGUUUCAUAUUUAUUUUGCCAUAAUUGGAAAUAUGUCAAGAAGGUAGGAUGUGUCUUAAGAUGUGUGAGAAAAAGACAAACACUGCACAUGCCUGUAUGCUAAGUGUGCAGAGACGAUGUUUAGUGCUCAAGCAACACAACAUGACGCUAAUUUUCUUCCAUUGGGCGGCCAGACGCCAUAUGCCAUAAUGUGGCCGCCACCACAGCCUGGUGAGUGCCAUUCACAUUAAUGCAGAUGUGUGAUGCCAAAUCAUCUUCAUCUUCAUCUUUUCACAUUAAUGCAGUGUGAUGCCAAAUCAUCAUAAUCAUCUUUUCACAUGACAACAUUCAUGUUGUUUUCUCACGCCAUAAACACCUGACUUAUAUGUAGCAAUCUACAACAACUACCAGAUUCCAAAGCCAGGGGAACUAAACAAACAAACACACCGACUAGAACAGAACUGGACUCCUCUCUGCUGCUGGAAAAUGUGUGUGUGUGUGUGGGGUGGGGUGGGGUGGGGUGGGGUGGGCAGGGUUUCUGCAUGAGGUCUUGGGUUUCUGUUGUGGGUAGGUGGCUAGGUAGGUAGCAUUCUUUUGUUGACGCUUGUAGACUCCGUCGUCGUGUGCUCUUGAGCAGAGCGCACCGCUGCUUGUUCACCUUGGUGCUGGUGCUGUGCGGUCAGUGCCGUUUCUAUGGUGACUCGAAGAAAAACAAACAUACAUGAGAGAACACCUUAGGUGAUGAUGAUGACGACGAAGGAUCACAACUGAUUUGUAGUGGUUUUUGGGAAGGAUUGGAUUUGUGAAGAAGCCUUGUAGUGAGAGAAUGAGAGGAGGUAGGGUUUCAAAUGCCAAUGCCACAGCUUCUCUGCAGCCAGAGCGUAGCAGUCAGCGGCAUACUAGCAUGCGCAAGGCAUGUUUAUGUGUGUGUGUGUGUGUGUGUGUGUGAGAAAAAGAGAGAGUGUGUCAGUGUGAGAAAGAGAGAGAGUGUAUGUGUAUGUUUGCAGUGUGAAUGCAAUUUGAACAGACCGGGUUAGUUACUCGCGUGGUCGUUGUUUACUGAUGAUAUCCAAAUAAUAUAUUGUAUGCUUGUCAUAUAUAAAUAUAACGGGCACUAUGUUUGCAUGUGCAGUUUUUUCCAUGAGAUGCACCUGUUCUUUGUUAAGAGUGUUUUGAAGAUACUAGAAGUUAAUGAUGAACAUUAUUGUACAAAAUGGCCUUAAAAUUCUCACUGAACUCUUGGAAAUGUGCGAUGCCUUCAGAUAUUAUUAAAUUGUUAUAUAUUUUGUGUUGAUGUAAUACUAUUGCUUUCCUGUGUAUUUGGUCUUUGCACAGAUUCACUUACUAGAAAAAGGAAAUCAAAGUUCUGUUGUACUUUUUGAAAUUGGUUGUCAGUCUGAGAAUGCAUGACUGAAGUAAGGUAAUUCAUCUGAGGAAAAUAACUAUUUCUGUAUUAAAACUUGGUUUUUAAAUAAAUAUUCUUACCUAACACUA